CAACGUCAAAACGUUACGAAUCUUUCAUUGCAUAUUGCCGCAAUCUACAUCGUCUGCAAAUUAUCGCAAAACAACAUGGAAGUUGAAAUUGAUACAACAGCCAGAAAUGGUAUUUGGAAGCGUUUGUCAAGAAAUAUCAGUCAAAGCAAACUUGGAGAAUUCGCAAGAGCUGUUAAUAGAGUAUUUUCAAGCACCAAGAUUAGGAACAGAAUUAAAACCCAAGAAAUUGCUCCUGUGUCGUCUGCUUUUGUUUAUCCAGAUGACAGAUACCUCUGCAAUGAGGAAAUUCUCCAUCAACUUGAAGUCCUAGAAAGACGUUUCAAUCAACAGACAGAUAUUCUUGCCAGUGCACAAGGCAAAGAAGUAUAUUUCAAGAAGGCCAAACCAUAUCACGGAGAUAUUUGCCCAGACAUCAAACCUGACCCUCUGCCAUUUCUCAUGGCGACUCUACGUCCUGCCCGUUACACCGAGGUAAAGUUUGCUGAGCUAGAGAAGUUGGUGCAGCAAGUAAAGGAGAGGAGACAAAGAUUAGUUAACCUUGAAUCAAACCGACAAUUAACAGAUAUCAAAGUCUGAAGUUCCGAACCGAGCUGGCAGUUUUUUUUAUAUAUUUUUCUUUUAUUUUCUUUACUAGAAUAUAUAACCUUUUUUUUUCUGCCAAAUACACUAUUUAGUAUUUUGCUCGAUUUCUGUCUUGUGU